AUGAGCCUUUCGGUCUCGUCCCAUGCGGCGAGCCCUGUCUGCACACCGGCAUUGAUUGACCCGGCUGGCCCAUUGGAACGUCCCAAGCCAGCCACUUCAGUGCCUAAUCAAGUUCCAAAUGUUGUGAUUGAUGAGCGAGUUUUUCCCUUGCCCGCUGAGCGGCGAGUGCAUGCCUCUCUGCAUCCAGCAGAGCAAUUUGCGCAGGACGUUCUGUCGUCUGGUGAACCUGUGACAGCAACUUGUGUUGAGCGCCUUUUUAAUUUGUUACCUUCUAAGACGGAUGAGCGAUUCAGUUCUGACUCUGGCAGAUCCUUUGUUGCGGGUGUCUUCCGACAUGGGGGCGUCGUUGGCCUCACGAACACCUGCCGUUCUUUUCCCCAAUCGGUUAGUUUGGCCAUCACCUGGGCCAUGCAGCAGGCCGGGCCGCAAGAGCUAUCCGACUUCACGUUUUGCUCGAUUUCUCUGAACCUCAAUGUUAAGACUGAGGUUCACCGCGAUGUAAAUAACGACGAUGCUGACAAUCUCGUGCUGGCUGUGACCACUUUCUCAGGUGGGCACAUCUGGGUGCAGUCCGAGUCGGGCGGCCAUGUGCUGCCUGUCAAUGGGUCCUUGGUCCCUGGAGACUUGUAUGAUGUAUCCGCGGCCCCAGUGCGGUUCUAUGCUCGCAAGCGCCUGCAUUGCACAAUGCCGUGGACGGGCGAUAGGCUAGUCCUCAUCUUGUUUUCAGGCGGAGAUGUUGCCCAAUUACCCAGCCUUGACUUUGAGCACCUUAAAUCCCUUGGGUUUAGGCCUUCGGUCUCAACAUCCACAGCCAACCCACCGUUGGCGUAUGUACCACCGCCUGCCGGAGCUUUGGAGCCCUUGCUUGCUAAGGUCGCUGCAAAGGUCAAAGGGUUGCCUCUUGAUAGUCUUAUGUUUCUCGAUGUUUUCUGUGGAACGGGGGGACUCUGCGCAUCCCUUCGGCAGCUAAGCAUGAAACUAAGUGUCGGUUUCGACCGUCACGCACAGCGGGGUUGCAAAUGUCCUGUUAUCUCGCUGGACCUCACGAAGGCGGGAUCCCGGGCCAUUCUGCUUGAUCUUCUCAAGCAGCCUCACGUGGUCGCGUGCCACCUGUCUCCACCUGUAACCACCAGUGGGGCCGGUCUCCUAGGCCCUCGCUCAGGUGUCCUUCGCAAUGCAACGCACCCUGAAGGUCUGCCAGGCUUGCAGGGUACUGAUCUUGAGCUGGUCCAAGGGGCUAACGCACUCUUUGCCAUGUGCGCCGAGGUCUGGCACUUGUGUUGGAACCAUGGGGUAUUUUGCUCCAUAGCUCACCCAAGCCGAUCUAUCAUGUGGCUCACUGCGGCACUCCGCUCAUGCCAAUCUUCUCCUUUCCUCUCUACCUCCUUGCAUCAGUGCAUGUUUGGAUCCUACAGGAGAAAGGCUACUCGCCUUUUGCAUACGGUCCCGUACUUGCAAAAGCUUGGUGUGACAUGUGAUGGCGCCCACGCUCAUGAGCCGUGGCGUUCUCCUGCACAAAACCAAACGAAGGACGCCGGCUUUCCGCCUAUGCUGUGCAAGGCCUUUGCCCAAGCACUUGUGGAUCAACUGAUUGCAUGCGGUGCGCGCGCCCCGGCGAGGUCCCUCGAGAAUGCUUCACUGUCGCUCUCAUUGGGCGCCCGUGUAGCUACAGCAACGCAACCUUCAGGUCGGAAGAUUCCUCCACUGGUUUCUGAGUUCGCUCGCACAGUCAAAGUGUCAGGCCCAGCCGAUCAGCUACCGUGCACCUCAAAGACCAAGCUGGUGUCGACGUGGGCGGUUCCCAAGACUGUGCUCUGCCAACCUUUCCUUCAGUCAUUGCCGCCCGGUUCCAAGUGCAUCCGAGCCAGCCCUUUUGUUCCAAGGGGUUUGGCGCCUGCCUCGGAUGUGCCCGAAGUUACCCUGGGUGCAGGUUUAGGUAGUCCCGACUCCCCGUGCCCGUGCCAUCCGGCACCUGCUGAGGGUGUGGUUUUAGGUAGUCCCGACUCCCUAGCUCCUCAGUGCCAACCGGUACCUGCCCUACCCUUGAACACAUCCAGUGCGACUCCAAAUGUCAAGCCGGGGCUUGAAUUGCUCUUUGGCAUACCGUGGUCGCCCUCGGAGUUCGUUGAGCAGGCUUGCAAAGCGAAGCACCCACGUUCCUUGGACCAAGGCGUGCCAGCCGGCAUGUCGGCAUGUAUUGAUCGUUUGUGUGAGCACAGCUCGGUCAGUGUGGCCAGGGAUCGUACGGCCGAACUUCGCAAAUGGGUGCUUAGGAAGAAAGAGCUUGACGAAAGCUUUGAUGGACCCGAGCACUGCAAGAAGGUAUUAGCUGGCAAACCCAUGAAACUCUUCGGGGAGAUGGUUGAGGCUGCUGGACAUGCUGAUGUGAACCUGGUACGAGAUAUACAGCACGGUUUUGACUUGCUUGGUGAGAUCCCCUCCUCGUCCGUCUUGCCGAAGAAGACCACCGUGGCAUCUCUCAGUAUUGAGGACGUAAGAAUUGCCACCCCGGCAAAUCAGCGGGCGAUUUGGGAGACUACCCGCACUUGCAGGGACCCUGAAAUCACUUCGGAAGUGUAUCGCCUUACCUUGGAGGAGCGGGAUAAAGGGUGGCUGACAGGCCCCUUCACUCUCGCCGAUGUGCCGGAGACUGCCAUCAUUACACGCCGUUUUGGCGUCAGGCAAGGCGUGACGACAACGGCCACAGGUGUGGCAGCUAAGAUCCGGCCUAUCGACGACUUCACAGAAAGCUUGGCUAACUUGUCGUGCACAUGUGCGGAAACCAUCGACCCGCAUUCAGUGAACGUCAUUGUGGCCGGGAUCCUGAAACGGUGCAAGUUGCUACGGAAGUCCGGGAAGGAUGCCCUGCUCCACAUCCACUGGAGCGUGUUCUUCGACGAUUUCGUGGCAGUGUCUUCUCCGGAGGAAAAGGGUCUGCUCAGGGUACAGAACACAGAGGCUAGGAAGCGCGAGCUUGUGUCCACCAUCGAAGCCAUCGUGCAGCAUGGCGGAGCACAUGCCAAAGAACUUGAAUGCUUGCGAGGUCGUCUUCAGUUCGCCGAGUCGCAGGUGUUUGGUCGGGGUGCGGCCCAGCGCAUGCGAGCUAUAUCAAAAGCAAUGAAGCUUUCGGGUUUCGUGGUUCUUGACGACUCCUUGACCGAGGCCCUGCUUUUCUUGAAGGAUCGAGUUUUGCACGGGGAAGCAAGGAUGAUCAGGGCCUGCGAUCGCCCCACCUACCACCUGUUCACGGACGCUUCCUAUGAGGCUGAUGUGCCAGCAGGUCUCGGGGGCAUCCUUUAUAGUGAUGGGGGUUUGCUUCUUAGGUGGUACUCGGAGUCUGCCGACACAGACGUUCUGGAGGCCAUAAACAAAGAGGGCAAACAAGGUCUGAUCUACGAGUUGGAGGCAUGUGCCGCAGUGCAGGGUGUGGUGCAGCUUUGCAAUUCCUUGAGUGACUGCAAUCUCAUUUGUUAUUGCGACAAUGAAGCCGCCCUCGCAGCUCUCAUAAAGUGUGCUUCCGAAUCACCGGUGGUGGCAUCGCAGCUCAACAAGCUCAGCAUGCUUGAGGAUGAGAAAGGAUUGAGUGUAUGGUUCGAGAGAGUGGAGUCGUCUGCAAACCCAGCCGACGAUCCUUCACGCUUUGUGCUUGGCAAGCUUCCCACUAGCUUCAGAGUCCGUUGGAUACCAGGCGAAGAGCUGUUGUUCUAG